AUGAGCAAUGUGUUCGGCCUAGCGUGGCGGAUCCCAUGCUCGGGACCACGUCCCUCGAGCUUGCUUUCGCCGCUCCGCUCCGCCUGUCGCAUGUCCACGCCAUGGCAGCCGCAUAGCAUUCCCAGACUCUCCAUCGGCCUCACACGGGCCUACCACCCCCUAACGACCUCGCACGAAGUACAUCUUCGCACCAACUCCGUGUUCUCCCCCGUCCUCCGACCGUUUACGACCUCGUCCUGUCUGCGCGCCAAGCCGCAGGAACCCGUUGAACAUGGCGUGCAACUUCGUCCCGAGCCCUUCUCCGCCGCCGAGAUCAAUUCGAUCUUCGGUCCCCGUGCCAAAAUCUCACCGCAGAUGGGGAACCGCGUUCUCUCCGUUCUGCAGGGUCGCCGUGUCGACGGGACCCUGGACCUCGACCUCCCCGCCGAUAUCACCCGCUCUGUCCGCAGCCAAGCCCUCGACGCGGGUCUGAACUGGCUCCGUGCGAACUAUCCUCUCGACGAGGAUGCGGCAAUUCUGGCGCGCAUUGAGCGGGAGGAAAAAGAGGAGCAAGAGAAGCUUAUUCGGCGCGCUGAAGAGCUCGGUCUGUAUAAGCCGCAGAGUGGCAGUUAUGGCGCCGAGCUUGGGGACGAGAAUGAUCCCUACGGCAAGAGCGUCUUGAAGGAGGCGAGGGAGAAGAAUGAGGCACGCUUGCUUGCGGAGCAGGAACGGAAGCGUCGGGAGUGGCUGGAGGGCGAGGAACAAGAACGGGAGAAACUGAAGCGUAUGAUCCAGAAGAACACGGCGCUUCAGAAGUUUGAGGAAUCUGCCGCCCUGGAGGUUCGAGAGCGCGCGGAUCCCAGCCAGCGCCCGGUCCUCGCAUGGAUACAGAAGCACCACACGAGGGCCACCGAGUGGGAUAUGGACCUGUCGAAGGUGACCAAUACAUCCCGCAUCCUCCGAGCCCUGGCAGCAACCGUCGUGACGACUGGUCUGUGCUAUGUCUUUGCGCAGUGGUAUGAACCGCCGGCGAGGGCAGACCGUUUAUGGCCCAGUGUUCCUCCUGCCGCGGCAACUAUCAUGACCAUCAUUGGAAUGAACGUGGGUAUAUUCGCUCUGUGGAGAUUGUGGCCUCCAGCCUGGAGACUUCUGAAUCGCUACUUCAUCACUGUUACCGCGUACCCUCGCCCUCUGAGCUUGGUGGGGAAUGUUUUCAGCCAUCAGACUGUGAGACAUCUCGCAGCGAAUAUGUUUGUGUUGUGGGUGGUCGGAACAAAGGUCCACGAUGAGAUCGGCCGGGGUAACUUCCUAGCGUUGUAUCUUGCCUCUGGUGUUUUUGGCUCGUUUACGUCCCUGCUCUACCAUAUUGUGCGAGGAAACCUGAUGGUCACUGGACUUGGAGCCAGUGGCGCCAUCUCGGGUCUUGUCGCCGCCCUGUGCUUGCUUCAUGCGGAUGAACGAUUUACCAUUUUCUUCCUCCCCGCGGAAUGGCAAGAAGUCUUCUCCGCCAAGGGUUCGGCGUUCUUGACGGGCAUUGUCGCCGUGGAGAUUCUCAGCAUGCUGAGCCCUGUCAAGGCCGUUCGGAUGGACCACGUGGCGCAUCUGGGCGGAUAUCUUGCCGGAAGCGUGUGGGCGUUUUUCUACAAGAAGAAAGAAAGAGAAAGACGGCAGCAGAUGGGUUGGUUCGAGCGGAUGUUUAGGAAUGAGUAG